AAAUAUCAAUGUCCAUACUGUCAAAAGGGAUUUUCAAGACCAUCAUCAUUACGUAUUCAUACAUAUUCUCAUACCGGUGAAAAGCCGUUCACUUGUCCUGAACCCAACUGCGAUCGGUCCUUUAGUGUUCAAAGCAACAUGCGGCGUCAUAUCAGAGUACACAAGUUGAAUGGG